AUGGGUAAUAUUACUAUAUCGUUAGUUUUCAGUACCGUUAGCUUUAUUUUUGUUUGUGUUGUAGUUGAUGUGAGUUCGUGGAAUGAUAAAGAUGAAGAAUUUAAUGUUAGUUUCAACUCGACAAUCCCUCGAGGUGUGGAAGAUAAAAUGGACAAAAUUAUUAAUUAUGAUACGAAAGGAAAAUUCAACAGUAUGGAACGAGGAAUUGAAAGUAUUCGAAAUAAAGAUACUGAUGUUGGUUCAACAAAAUUUCAAAGAACUAGCGUAAAAGGAACAAAACAUUUUGUAUUGAUAAAUAAGAAUUUUGAAGGUAAACCUAAAUAUGGUCACAGUUAUUAUGACAAUUCUAAUGAAAGUUUGUGGAGUAGAUGCUGUUCUGUGUAUUUGACAAGAUGGAGUUUGUCAGGAACUGUGCAAAAAACUGAAAAACGUUUAACUUUAAACCACCAUUACGAAUCGUGGCAAAUCUUUGUGAUGGAUAUUUGGUCAUUAAUAACAGAAAGAUUCAAUUUUAAAGGCUCAUGGGAUUGGUUAUUGAAAGAUUAUGAGAUGAUCGACUUAAUUAUGGUUAAAAUGAGUGAACCAGGUGAUUUUGAAAACCUAAUAUUUAGUACAAAGAUCAGAAAUGUUUCCAUACAACAACGAAAGGUUGUUAACAGUUUCAUGGAACACUUGGAGGCCUGUCAGGGUGCUAACGAAAUGGCAGCUAUAAAGCAAACUAUUCCUUUGAAAGAGCAUAAUAGUCGUAAUAAGGAUGAUAAAAAAAAACAAUUGGUGUACCAUACUGAACAUCUUAGUGAAGUAUUUAAGUACAGAUAUAAACCAUUCCUAAGUAAUAGUCGCAACAUCGAUGGAUAUCGCAGGAAAAAACGGGAAAAUGAGAAUAAGGAAGAUGAAGACAAUAAACUUAAUGAAAACUGGUAUAAAGGCGAGAAACCAAGGAGUAAAAGGCAAGAGCAAGCAAAGUGGACUAGAAUUACUUCUGAAAUUAACGGUAAGGUAGAGAAGAACCAAAAGGUAAGGAAGCAGGGCAAGUUUGUAAUGAAGGAAAACGAAAAGACUAUGAGAGAAAAAAUGAAGGAUCUAGAACAGAAUAAGGUCACAAAAACAAACGUGAAACUUGAUCGUCAUAAGCGUAAAGAGAAAAGAUACAAAGGUGCGAAUAAACUUGAAACGAGUACAGGUGCAGAACGAAAGGAAAGAAAAUCAGCUGAAGCAAAAAUAUUAGCAUCCAGAAAAACGAAUGAGAAUAAAACUGUAAUUGAAAAAUAUUCAAGAAAACAUGUGAAACAAUGGGAAGAGCUGAACACAACUAAAAAUAAUUUCUCAUCAAACAUAAACAAAACCCAAAAACGGACAGAAACAUUGGAGAAAGAGUACAGAAGAAGAAAUUUAAAUGAAUCCACCACAGAGCACGAAGAACAAAGUGAAUUAUCUAAUGGUAACGUGGUUGUUUUACAAAAUGAAAAUAGCGUUAAAAAAGAAACUGAAAUUACUGGAAGUUUUCAUAAGUACUUAAAUGAAAUCAAAAGAGAAAAUAAAUUACAUCCAAAGAGCACAAAAAGAAAGAGAGAGGUUGCACUUAAAGUAACUUUUAAGUUAAUAGUGUGUUUGCUAACGACAGGAAACAAGGGAAAAAACCAAAUGCUUAAGAGUGAGAAUGUGAAUGAGCCAAAAGCAGAAACAAAUCAAAGCGAAACAAACAGCAGCAAGUUUCUAAGCCCAGUAAAUUCAUUCGCAUAUGAAAACGACUUGCAACAACAAGAUGUAACAGAAAAGGUGAAGCAAAGGCAUUAUUUUGGGAAGGAACAAAAGACAACGGAUCUGAGUGAAAUAGAAAGUAUAGCAAUGAAUUAUUUCUUGAAUAAAAAUUUCAAGCAAAACGACACAGAAACAAGUGAAUAUUCCUAUGAAAUGGUGAAUUCAGAAGAACAGGUAAAGCAAGAAGGAACUCUGAAAAAUAAAAUGUUCAAUAAAACAAUGUAUAGCUUAGCUGGUAUAAAUAUGACUCAAUAUAACCCACGAAAUAUUGAACACAAAUUCGAGGAGACUGUCUCAAACGAAAAAAAACUAUGGAUGAAAGAUCAUAAAGAAUUCCCCCAAAAAAUUGAAACUACAAUGGAAGAACAAGCAUUGUUCGAUGAACAUGUAUACAACAAAAAACAUAAAUGGGAAAAGAAGCAAGGAGAUUUAAAUGGGGAUUUUGUAGCCCUAGAGAUAUCGAAUGACAAUGUAACACAAGACCAGUCAAAAGAAGGUUACGACAAGUAUGUCCUUCAGAAAGGGUCAAAAGACGAUAAUCGCGUAAAGAAAAUUAAAACUACUACAGAAGCAUAUAUAAUGCAUUCAGAAAAUAAAAAGUACAAAAAAGAGACUGAGAGCAGUGAAAUAAAACUACAGGACUCAUUAUUGGGUGGAUAUGGAACUAAAGAAAACAAAGAAACAAAAAUGGAUGAAUACGUAACACUGGAUUUGGAGAAAAUGUGGUACGGAAACGAAUUUGAGAUCAGUGAACUCGUAAAACAACUUCUUUAG